GUUAUAUUAUAACAAGACAAGCGUGUCUCCGGAGACAGAUCUGUGUUCUGCUGCCCCAGACUGAGGCUCAGGGUGCCUCCAGCGCUCCACACGAGCCUUUACAACACACAACAAACACUCAGGCAUAUUUUUGCUGUCAGGACUCGUACACCUGCUGUGCUUCUGAGCUGAGACGAGAGUCCAAUCUAGGAGACCAUUCAAACGGCAAGGUUACCGAGAGGAGACGGUUAACCUGUUUUUUUGGAAAAUGAAACUUGAAGUUUUCUCCGCGCAUCACUACGCGCAGAAGCCGCUGGAGUUGUGCAUUGACGCAGAGGCGGGAGUCCCUUCUCCCCUGUCCGGAGACGAGCUGGGUUCGGACGGAGACUGCGUAGCCAACAGCCCGGCACCUGUCACACAGAGCAGCGAUGGCGGCAAAGGGAAGCCCUACACCCGCAGACCUAAGCCCCCUUACUCCUACAUCGCCCUGAUCGCCAUGGCCAUCCGAGAGUCCAGCAGCGGCCGCCUCACUCUGGCAGAGAUCAAUGACUACCUGAUGAAGAAGUUCCCGUUUUUUCGUGGCAGCUAUACCGGCUGGAGGAACUCCGUGCGCCACAACCUGUCGCUCAACGACUGUUUCCUCAAAGUCCUGCGGGACCCGUCCAGGCCCUGGGGCAAGGACAACUACUGGAUGCUCAACCCACACAGCGAGUACACCUUCGCUGACGGGGUGUUCCGCCGCAGGAGGAAGCGCAUCGCCAAAAGGCCCCUCAAGGAGCAGGAAAGCCCGGACAUCCUCAGCGAGGACACCCGCCUCCCGGCCCCGGAAGAGAGAGUGGGGGCCAAGUUCUCCAGCCCGUUCGCCAUCGACAGCAUCCUCGGCACACCUUUCAAACGAAGGGAGGAGAGCUCGUGCGUGGAGCAGCCCGGCCCCCGGCUGUACUGGCCCCCAGUGGCCCACGUACUGCCCUAUAAUCUGAACUAUCCGGCACAGCACACUUACAUGUCAGAGGCGGCGUACAGCGGCACAGAGCCCGGCAGAGAUGUACCCACAUACCUCCAGCACACAGCACCGGGCACCGCUGCACCUGAGGCCGCCUUCAAGAUGCCCAGCAAAGCGCGAGGAUUUCAUAUAGACUCCUUGCUGUCGUGAGACAUCCAGAGUGCUGUCAGGACUUGUGUGUUCUCACCCACAUUGUGCACUUUGGUGGGCACUCUCAGCUUUCAAUGCUUCAACUGUUUUACUGUGUGAGAGUCGGUGUGUCUCAUCAUGACUACUGUAGCUUCAGUCAAAGAAAAAUAAAACAAACAUGCCGAGUUGUUAAUCUAGAUAUAACUGUGUGCUGACUAAGCAAAUCAUUAGAGUCAUUGUAGGACAUUCCACUGUGUGUGUGUGUGUGUGUGUGUGUGUGUGUGUGUGUGUGUGUGUGUGUGUGUGUGUGUGUGUGUGUGUGAGAGAGAGAGAGAGAGAGAGAGAGUAUUCAUAUUCGUAUCUAUGGUUCAUUGGUCAUUUCUACUGUAUGACGGCAGCAAAGUGCCACGUUAAAACUGUUAAAACUGUUAAAAGUAUCACUUUAUUUAUAUUUUCAUGUUUUGUAUGACCUGCUGUAUAAAUAUUGUAUAAUAUUAUUGACUGGGCUGCGUUAGGAAUCACGUGGCUGCACUAAGAAACGCAUGGAAAAAUGUGCCGUUUUCCUGAGAUUGAUUGUUUGAUUGAUCGAUUGAUUGAUUGAUUGAUUAAUAGGUGCAUGCCUGUUAUUUUUAUGAAUAAACAAAACACGUGAAACAAUGGGA